AUGGAGGUGACGUUCGAGACGACGCAGGGCCGCCGAUUCGUCGUCGAGAUUUGGUAUUUCUCCACCGUGCGGAGGAUCAAGGAGUACAUCCUGAAGCAGGAGGGCAUCCCCGUGGAGUCCCAGCGCCUCUUCUUCCAGGGCAAGGAGCUCGAGGACGACCGCGACACCGAGUACUACCCCAUCGUGGAGGGAUCCCACGUGCUCAUCGUCCUGCCGGAUGGCUCUCCCGCCGCCGCCGUCACCGCCGCCGCUGACGGCCAUGCCGCAGGCGCCCCCGGCGCCGUCGUCCAUGUCGUCGCCUCCGGGCCGGCCCUCGGCCAGGGCCGCAGCGUCGCGCUCGAACUGGACGCGUCCUGCACCGUCGCCCGUCUCAAGGAGAUGCUCCAGGAGCGCACGGACGGCGCGCUGCCCGCCACCAAGGUGAGCGUGUUCUUGGACAAGGCCGAGAUGGAGGAUGACAAGGCGCUGGUGGAGUUCGAGCCGUCGUCGGCUGAGGGAAUGAAGAUGGAGGUGCGCGUGGUCGUGCGCCAGCUGCCGCCGUCGCCAGCGUGCAACAACGGGAACGGGGCGGCCAAGGUUAAUAACAAGCUGCAGCAGAGGAUGUCUGUGGAGGUCAAGUGGGGCGCCAAGACCGCGACGCUGGAGGUGAGCGACAUGGACGCCGUCAAGGAGCUGCGGGCGGAGCUGGGCAGCGCGGCGCCGCACCUCCUCCUGCCCAACGACGGCGCCUACUUCUUCAUCUACAAGCAGAACGUCAUGGAGGAGGAGCGCACGCUGCGCUGGCACGACGUCAAGACCGGCGACACCAUCGAGAUCUUCAACGGCAGGGUCACCGGAGGCGCUUGAUAUGUUCAUCACACACAUCACAUGUUCCGUCCAUCAGGUUUACAGAUAUCUGCAUUGACCAUUGAGUCUUUAUGUUGCAUGCAUGGUACUCCAUCAUUUCAUUUAUUUCGUGCAAAUUGGUGUAAUGUUGAAGAUCCUAUUUGUUGGGUUAAGAUGUCAACAAGAAAGACCUAUUCCUUUGCUCC